UCAAGCCAGCUUGCUGCUUCUCUUCCGGGAGGUGGUUUGGAAAAAAUAAACUGGGGUCGGAGAGUUUCGGCGUGGAAGCACGGAAGGGGUGGUGAUGUCUCGCUUCUUCCAGUCAGUUUUUGACAAGUGCGGAUCCAGGAGGGGAGAAGCAGUUGAAGAGGAGCAGUUAAGCCAAUGGGGGCUGACAGGGAUUCAGCUACGCCCCUAUCAGAUGGAAGGUGUAAACUGGCUGACACAGUGCUAUGGAACCUGGCAUGGCUGUAUCCUGGGUGAUGAAAUGGGUCUUGGGAAGACUUGUCAGGCUAUUUCUCUGCUUGUUUUCUUAAGUGGGAGGCUUAAUAAAAGGCCUUUUUUGAUCCUUUGCCCUCUGUCUGUCUUAAACAACUGGGAAGAAGAACUGAAAAGGUUUUCUCCAAGCCUUUCUUUCAUGACGUAUUCAGGAGGCAAGGAAAAACGGGCUGAGCUACAACAAGACCUGACCUCAAAUCAUGAUUUCCACAUUUUGCUGACAAAUUAUGAGGUAUGUCUAAGAGAUGCAGCAUUUCUGAAACGUUUUCAUUGGGCUUGCCUUGUUGUGGAUGAAGCUCACAGACUGAAGAAUCAGGAUUCAUUGCUUCAUAAAACACUCCUGGAGUUUUCAACAGAUUUUCGCCUCCUGCUGACAGGUACUCCCAUUCAAAAUAGCCUCCAAGAGUUAUAUGCUAUGCUUGCAUUUAUUGAACCAGUUACAUUUCCCAGCGAGCUAGUAGAAGAAUUUAUUGAAUAUUACCAUGGAAUUGAAAAGGAAAGCAAAACAGCCAAAGAACUGCAUAAGCUGUUACAGCCUUUCUUGCUCAGGAGAGUGAAGGAGGAAGUCAUAGCAGAACUCCCAAAGAAAAUGGAGGUUGUUCUCUACCACGGAAUGUCAGCACUGCAAAGAAAAUUUUACAAGGCUAUUUUGAUGAAAGACUUAGAUGCAUUUGUAAAUGAAACAGGGAAGCAAGUUAAGCUCCAGAAUGUGUUAAUUCAACUCCGGAAAUGUGUAGCUCAUCCAUAUCUGUUCAAUGGUGUUGAGCCAGAACCUUUUGUCAUUGGGGAUCAUCUCAUUGAAACCAGUGGGAAGCUGAGCUUGUUGGAUAAAUUGCUCUCUUUCCUUUAUGUUGGUGGUCAUCGUGUACUGUUGUUUUCUCAAAUGACCCAAAUGCUGGAUAUUCUACAGGACUAUAUGGAUUACAGAGGCUACAGUUAUGAGCGCCUGGAUGGAUCUAUCCGAAGUGAAGAAAGGCACCUUGCCAUUAAGAAGUUUGAUCAGCAGCCCAUUUUCGCUUUCCUCCUGAGCACCAGGGCAGGUGGAGUUGGGAUAAAUCUAACUGCAGCAGACACCGUAGUUUUUGUUGACAGUGACUUUAACCCACAAAAUGACUUGCAAGCAGCAGCAAGAGCCCACAGGAUUGGGCAAAAGAAGCCUGUAAAAAUUAUUCGCCUGAUUGGGAGAGACACUGUAGAAGAAAUAAUCUAUCGACGAGCAGCAUCGAAGCUCCAGCUAGCCAGCACUGUUAUUGAAGGGGGACAUUUUUCUCUUGGAGCCCAGAAAUCUCAGGAAGCAGCAGGUAUCCAGCUGAAUGAAAUCCUGAAGUUUGGUUUGGACAAACUGCUGUCAUUAGAUGGAAACAGCAUCUGUGAUGUGGAACUGGAUAAUAUCCUUGGGGAGACAAGAGAAGGAAGAUGGUUAAUGGAUCCUGUGCUACCUCUCACAGAGGAAAGUGAGGAGCAAAAUGUAGAAAGCCACAUGUAUGUAUAUGAAGGCAAAGACUACUCCAAGGAACCUAGCUCUGAAGACUUGAAGACCUUUGAUCAGCUGCUGAGUCUUCAGAAAUCUCUCUUCGAAGACAUACAUCAAGAAGGAAGAGCUCUCCGAAAUAAAGCAAAUGUAAGGGUUCUUCUCACAGACAUUCACAUGGGACCCAUUAAAAAAAGACGCAAACUUUGCCCAGAAGAAGUGGAGGCCCGUCGAGAAAAGCUACAGAAGGCAGCAGCAAAGAGGGCCAGGAUCAAGGAGGAAAAGAGGAAGAAGGCAGCAGAAGCUGAGCAUCAGAAAAGGAUGACCUUGUGGAAAGCGAAUCACUACAGGUCUUGCUGUCUCGAGUCAGAAGAGAGCAGUGAGGAGGAGGAGGAAGAGAGGCUGGAUAUGGAUUUGGAGUAUACAGAUCCAGAAGUGAGCUCCAUCAAGUACAUUAUGGGUGAUGUUACUCAUCCUACAGCAAGAGAAGAGGAUGCAAUCAUUGUGCAUUGUGUAGAUGACUCUGGCCAUUGGGGAGAAGGAGGCUUAUUCACAGCUCUGAGGAAUCGUUCUGACCAACCAAAGAAAAUAUAUGAGUUGGCAGGAAAGAUGAAUGACCUGACAUUGGGAGGAACUCUUUUAUUCCCCAUUGAUGAUAAAGAAUCAAGAAACAAAGGGCAGGACUUGUUGGCCCUUGUUGUAGCACAGCACCGAGACAGCUCCAACACAUUGUCUGAAAUUAAGCUCCCUGCUUUGGAAAGGGGUUUAAAGAAAAUCUAUUUGGCAGCCAAGAAAAGGGAUGCCAGCGUCCACUUACCUCGCAUUGGAUAUUCAUCAAGAGGCUUUAACUGGUAUGGAACAGAGCGUCUUAUCCGGAAAUACUUGGCAACAAGAGGAAUCCCCACAUUUGUAUAUUACUUUCCUAGAACUAAAAUAUCUGCUUCUUCACAAGCAUCCACAACGUCAACACCAGCCUUUCAACCUUCAGCAGUUGUGCAGAAGUAAUUCCUUGCAGCGCAUGAACCAUUUUCCUGCUGUAUGUUCAGCUGCUUAGCAUUCAUGUGGAUCUCUUGAAUUGUUUUUAGAAAACACUCACAACUGUAUAGAUCAGACUAUUUCUAUAUAAGGGGGAUGAAUUGUGCUGUAUCAGGAUUAUCCAACGUUCAACCAUACGUUCACUUUUUUAGAACAAACCACAAUUUGAUAUGGCAUGUAAGCCUUCCUCACAUGGCUUGAGCAUUGGGCUUGGACAAGACCGGCUGGCUGUGAGCACAGCUAGAACCAUGCAACACCAAAGCAGCAGCAUUAUUCUUUGAGUCUGUAGAAUUAUUCACUUAGUAUUCCUUAAUUGUUUAAGUACACAUUUCAGAUAAUUGUUUGAGGCAAAGGGUGCCUAUGUAAAUUAAAUAGUACAACAAUUCUUUCUCUAAAUUAUGAAUAUUUGUAGUAAAACCACUGAAUUAGCUGAUCAUUUGCAGAAAUAGGUUGCACCUCUUGAAAACAAAAGGGCUAUUUGUGGUUGGCGGGAUGGGCAUGUUUUCUAACUGGCUCCCAUUGACCAAUUAAAAUGCUGCAAACCACACUGUCAAA